GCGGAGUGCGUGUCACGGAAGCACAACGGCUGGUGAUCGGUCGUUGGACGAUUGUUUCGUGGAAGUUUCCGUGUUUGCGGGUUCGUGUCCCACGGUGCGGUGUCCCGUAACGCAUCUGCCGAGCGUGACCUGCGGUGAUAGGUGCUAAAAUCAGAGUUUGCCAAAGCCAGUUUACCUCGGCCGUGGAUCUGGUGGAGAGGGUGGACAACGAAACCUCGUCGGCGCGCGGACCUCGGACGUCAGCCCGGUGCAGAGAGUGAUCGGUGAUGAUGGGCGGCGUACUUGCGCUGUGAAUUCUAAGCACACGCCUUUCGGGCGGUGAAGGUGAAUCUGCCGACACGGUGAACGGACGGACGGCACGGUGCAAUCGGAUUCAGUGUGCGCGGGACGCAAAGUCAUCGGAAGUCAAGCGGCGCACGCGGAAGCUCCUUCAAAAAUGGUCUACUCGCCCGUAGUUCGGCUCAUCAAGGCGAGCGAUCGCAUUCCGACCCGGUUCAAUGUCGCGGUUAUGCUUUUCCUUGCCUGCCUGAUCAGCUACAUGCUGCGCGUCAACAUGUCCGUCAACAUUCUGGCCAUGGUGCCACCGAUCCAGAGCAAGGCGCAUGGCAACAGCGUCUCACUUUCCCGUUCCUUCUCGUCCCUUCUUCCCCAGUACGGACCGCGGUACAACUGGAGCUCCCACGACCAGAGCAUCAUCCUGGGGGCCUACUUCUACGGCUACCUGGUGUCAUCGUUGCCGGCCGGCGUCUGCGCCGAGCGCUUCGGUGGACGUAACAUGGUCGGCCUGUCGCUGGCCUUUAGCGCCCUCCUCACCGCCCUUACGCCGCUCGCCGCCGACAGUGGCAUGUGGGCGACGGUGGCCAACCGCGUUGUGCUCGGCAUUUUGGGCGGGUUCCUGUAUCCGGCACUGCACAAUCUCAUUUCCAAGUGGGCCCCACCGGACGAAAAAGGAAAGUUCGUUUCCGCUCUGAUGGGCGGCACGUUCGGGACGGUCGUCACCUGGCCGCUGGUGGGGGUGCUGAUCGAGACGCUGGGCUGGUCGUUUGCGUUCUACAUCCCGGCGGCCAUAGCGGCGAUCGCGGCCGCCCUCUGGUACCUCAUGGUGGCGGACAGCCCAGCGGCGCACCCUCGGAUCAGGGCCGACGAGCAGGAGUACAUCGAGAAGUCACUCGGCGAUACCAUCUCCAAGUCGAAGCUGCUGCCACCGGUCCUGUCGUUAGCCACGUCGCUGCCGUUCCUCUCACUCCUGGUGCUACACUUCGGUAACCUCUGGGGUCUGUACUUCCUCAUUACGGCGGCACCGAAGUUCAUGAAUGAGGUACUUGGAUUUAAUCUGGCCAAAGCGGGUUUCCUGGCGGCCAUGCCCUACCUGGCCCGCUCGCUGGCAGCGUUCUUCUUCGGCACGAUCGGCGAUCACAUGCGGAAAAAGUCCAUCCUCGGCGUGACGGCGAUACGGAAAUCGUUCUGCAUGUUCUCUCACAUAAUACCCGGCCUGUUUCUCGUGGGGCUGAUCUACAUCGGGUUCGACGCGUACGUCUGCGUCGCCAUCAUCACGCUUUCGCUCGGCUUCAACGGUGCGUCGACGAUGACCAACCUGCAAAACUCCCAGGACCUGGCGCCCAACUUUGCCGGCACGCUGUACGGGAUCAUCAAUUUCGUCGGCACGUCCAGCGGCUUCAUCUCGCCGAUCCUCGUGGCGCACUUCACCGGCGAGCGGAGCACCAUGGACGAGUGGUCCGCCGUCUUCCUCAUCGGGGCCGCCGUCUACAUUGUGCCGGCCAUCGCGUUCGUGCUGUUCGGCUCGGGCGAGGUGCAGAAGUGGAACGAGCCGGCCCCGAAACAGGUGGCGGACGCAGAACGCGAGCGUACCUAGGGCCCCAGGGGGGACGCGGACCUUCGGGGCCUUGGACACUCUCGAAUCUCGAAUCUCUUGGAUGGCCGGACGUGCCCCGCUUCGGUAGCGGAAGAAAAAGUAUUACUAAGCUUACGUUUUGUGCUGUACAGUUGCCGUUAGGGUUAGAGUCUGUUCUGUUUUGUUUUUUACAUGAAUACUUACACUUUACACAUCCACACAUACAGACACGCUUCGGAGGCGUGUCUGUGAUGGACAUGCGGCCUAAUAAAGAUUCUUAACUUAUCCUUAACCUACACGCACGACGUGUCGUGCGUCUGUAGAUGAUCUAGAUUUAAAUA